UCUGCUACGAUGCGGAUUACGACAUUGAUUUUAAUUGCUGUUCUUAUGGUAUUUUACCUCACAGUAGAUGUAACUGGAGUGGCAAGAUGCAAGGGAAAACCUGGAACGUCAAAGUGUAUAGGAAACUUAGAUGGUGGUAAUAAUCGCAAAAGAAAGUGCAAAAAGUCAGCCAAUAAAGAUAUGUGGCAUUACAAUGCAGUGACUAAAAACUGCACUAAAAUAAAUUACCUCGGAUGUGGCGGUAAUGACAAUCGUUGGUGCACAAAAGUACUAUGCGAGGGCUGCCGACCGAGAUAA